GGUUUGCACAGGCUUCCACCUGAUAUUCUCUCACUCCUCUUCCCUUCCUCAGCGAUCUGCACGCUCCUCCUCGCCGCCGCGCUUGUCAUGGCGGCCGCGCUCUUCCGCUGGGCGCUCCAGCUCCGCCGCGCCCUACCCUAUCCUACCCCGCGCGCUCUCCUCCAGCGGACUCCUCUCCGCCACCACGCAGAACACCGCCGCCACAACCGGCGUCGACCUCUCCUCCGACGAGAGCCGCCGCCGCCUCGUCAACAGUCUGGUGUACAGGAGCAAGCAGAGGGGUUUCCUGGAGCUGGACCUGGUGCUCGGGAUCUAGGUGGAGCAGCACAUCUGCUCCAUGGACGAGGCCAACAUCUGCUCUUUGCUCCAAGUCCUCAACCUCGAGAACCCAGAUUUGUGGAAAUGGCUUACUGGUCAAGAGGAACCACCAGAGGCUGUCAAUUCUAAUCCUGCAUGUCAUCAGAUUGCACAUAACUCUUCUUAUGUCCGUCUAAUAGUCUGAUCGCCUCUGUACUAAAGGAUUUAUGUCAAAAUAGGUGUUUGUUGCCAUCAAGUCGAAUGUUGCAGAUAACC